AUGACUUCCAUUAAAUACUACGAUUCCGAUGGCAUUCCAGAGUUAUCACCCCAUCAUUUAGGAGUUUAUAAAGAGGAUCAACAUGAAAAGAACGAACUUCAAAACAAUAGCAUGAUAGAACUAGAGUUAGCUAGGUUACGCAUAACCCAGUUAGAAGAGGAAAUUGAACUGGAAAAGUUACGCCUCCAGAAGUGUGAAAGUUUCGGUCAAUCAAUAAGUAAUAGUGAGAAUACAAUAUUAAAAAAUCUAACUAUUGAAACUGUGGUUCUGAAAUUGCCAACACACAUUCAACAAGAGUGGCUAAAAGUAGCUUAUAAGAUUAUUAGAGGAGGCCGAGAGCCUCUAUUCACCGAUCUUGUUGAGUUUGUAAAGGAGCAAGCUGGCAUUGCUAAUACUAGAUAUGGAUUACUUGUCACCGGUGACCCUUUUAAUCGCAACCAAAGACAAUCUGUGGCUGAUACUAAAGGACACUUUGAUUCAGGAUAUAAGACGAGAGUGUCGUUCGCUAACACGAAUGAGUCUGAUGUCACUCCAUAUGUAAGACCAAGGACUCUUGGGUUGUCAUGUUUAUUAUGUACUGGAAACCACCUCUUAGAUCAAUGUGAAAGGUUUAGAGACAAGAAUGUUAAUGAAAGGAUAGAAUUUGUAUCAAAAAAGAAGUUGUGUAAUGUCUGUCUAAAAGCGAACCACAUAGCAAGAAACUGUCGAGCACCGAGGUCAUGUACCGUCGAAGGAUGUGAUUGGAGGCAUCAUACGUUGUUACAUAGGAAGCGGGAAGAGCAAGGAGAUAAUAACAAUAAUGCACACAUUAACACCCAGCUAUGUACAGAGAAAAGUGUUGAGCGUAUACAGAAACAAGCAGCAUUCGCAAUAGUGCCUGUACUGCUAGAAAGGUUGAAUUUAGAAGGAGAGCCUAAGACGAUUUCAUUGAGAACGUUGGAUAACCAGUCCACAAUUCAGUGUAAAGAGGUCCAACUAGAGGUUUCCUCCUUAGACUCGUCUUCGUCAUUUAGAAUCCCAAAUGUAUGGACAGUCGAGAGAUUACCUAUGUUGCGCAGGACGGUACCAACGACGUCUCAAAUGACAUCCUGGACGCAUUUAAAAGACAUAAGUUUUCCGAGAGUAAAGGAUGAGAAUGUCAAACUGUUGAUCGGAUGCAACGCACCGAGUGUACACGAAAUGAAAGAGAUAAGAACUGGAAAGCCGAAUGAACCAUUCGCCGUGAAGACGCUGUUCGGUUCCUAUGGGGAACCUUGUAAAAGUAAUCGUGCACUCAAUCACCUCUCAGCUAAGGAGGAAUUAGAGGAUAAGUUCGAACAGUUGUACUCAACUGAAUUCAAAGAUCCACUUAGUCGUACUAUAUCGUUGUCUGUAGAAGAUCGUAUAGCACUCAGUGCUAUAUCAAAUUCAGUACAAAGGUUAAACGGACACUAUCAAAUAGCUCUGCCUUGGAGGCACAAACACAAGUUACCUAAUAACAGAGAAUUAGCAGAACGUGGACUUAGCUGUUUGAAGGGUCGACUUAUUCGGGAUAAGAAGUUGUUCCAAGACUAA